AUGUCUGCGCCAAAGAAAACACAAAGAACUCUUUUUGAAGUGUUUCGGCCUCAACAAAAGCGACAAAGAAGAGAGACAGGUAUGUCCACUCCUUUAUUUAAGUUUUGCAAGUUGUAGAGCUUUCACGUGUCGGCGGCGCGACAUUAUGUCGCCAAAGUUUGAUUAGUUUUUAAGAUCUUUAAUACUAAAAUGUCUCGUGUUUAUAAAUAACUAUACAUCUCAUAAAAUCAGCAACAAAUUGUGAAACUAAUGAAGAAAAUACUUCACAGUUUAGGUAGACACAAAAUUGGACAAGCGAUAAAACAUUGUCAUGUUUUCGUCUUUUCCGUGUGUAAACAAAAAUUAGUCGCGGCAAAUAUUCUCAAAACUAACAUGCGAACAAAGUUUGGAAAUUCGAUGAUGUGCUGUCACUGCUAAGUUAAUUUUGAUAUUUUAACUUGACUUUUAUUCAACGUUUCUAUUUUUGUUGGCAGUUAUGAGGUUAAAAAUGCGUUUUUAAGGCGAAUCAAUGUCUGCCGGUGCAGCUUGUUCAUAUGUAAAAUGCAAAUUUAUUCACGGUGACAGCAAGCGAAAAAGUUGGCGUUUCUUUUUGAAAGCGCUUUCGCCAAUGUUUUGAAAUUCAAUUCGAAAUAAGGGAAUCGGCAAUUUGGUAUAUUUUUAGUAAAUAGGUAAAUGACACGAAACUUUAUGAUAUUUAAAUCAUUUUACUAUCAUCGAGUUUGGCCGGUCAACAUAUGACCGGCAAGUUGAUCGUUUGACCGGCCAAAACCCCAAGGAAUUAGACGCGGCUGAUUAGAAGAUUGUUUUUCGAAUUAGAAUAGAUUGUUUUUCAAAUGUGAAGGCAUGUUAAUGACUUUUAAUUGGUUUGGAUAUAUUUUAUUUGAACAUAACAGAAAACUUUCCUUAUUUCACUUUCUCAACAACAACAGACACUGUUGGCUCUAAUCCUGAAGCUGCUGUUGGUUCUGAAUGUUCCACUGGAUCUACCACUUGUCCCGCAGACAUUGUGCAAGAACUUGAAACACCCCAGCCCAAGGCUGUUCCACAGCCACUGAAGCAAAAAGAAUGUACUGAACCAGAAGAAGAAAAGAAGCUGCUUGAAGAACUUUUAAAAGAAACUGAAACUUCACUUCUCCACCAUCAGUCAGCCUGCUCUGCAGUCUCAUGCCAAAAGAUUUCCGCAGAGGACCAGAAGGCUCAAAAGUCCUUAAAAGACAAGUUCAUGCACGAGUGGCUUACAGACAAGUCUCUGGCAUACUGUUCUAAAACGGGAAUAUGGUGGCUUGCAUAUGUGGAGGGAAAAGGGAUGUACUGCCUUUUGUGUCGUAAACACAACACAAAGAACGAACAGAACAAAUCCAAAGUGUUCAGCAGCGAUCCAGCAGUUAGAUACAGAAAGCCAACAAUCACUUCACAUGCUGAUUCAAGACAACAUCUUGCAGCCAUAGAAGCGGAGCAUUUGCAGAGGGUUUCGACAUUCCACAAGGAGUCAGUAAACAGAGAAAACGUUCCUCAUGAUGUGCUUUAUAAAGCUUUGAUGUCCGUUUCCUGGAUCGCGAAACAUGAAAUCCCCAUACGCAAACUUGUACCUCUCCUUCAGCUUUUAGAGAAAGUUGGUGUGACAGAGAUGAAGUAUUUCACUCAUAGAUCAGCUGGCAGUGUACACUUGGGCAGGUCAUUCUUAAACAGCUGCUUGAGAAAGUACACAGGUCAAAUUUUGUUGGUCUUUUGUGUGACGAUGUCACCGAUAUUGCAACACUUGAGCAGUUUAUCAGCUUCAUUCAGUUUGUUGACCCUAAUUCUGGAGAGGUUCGCACGGACUUUCUCUUUGUUGAGAAUGCACUGGCCAACAGCAAGUCAGCAGAUGCCCAGACCCUGUUUACCAUUCUGACAUCAAAGUUGCAGGAGCUGAAGAUAACAACAGAGAAAUGCUCCAGUUUUGUAAGUGAUGGCGUGAAUGAGAUGCUGGGAGCGCGAUCCGGGCUUGCUACCCGACUAAAGGAAUUAAACUCGACCCUUAUUAGCGUACACUGUAUUUGCCACAAACUUGCCCUGGCUUGUGCCGAUACAAGCAAAGAUCUAGAUUACAUUGCUGGGGUAGAACGCGACCUUAGAACAUUGUGGAAGGCAAUGGAGAAUUCCCCAAAGAGAACAAAUAUGUAUCUCUCCGUACAAGAAGAACUCAAGUCACUGAGAUUGCAAGACCAGAGCAAGAAGAUCGUGGCAAGGAGGCUGAAGAAAGCCUGUCAUACAAGAUGGCUGUCUAUGGGUCAGGCGGGGGACACUGUUUACCGAGACCUUGAAGCUGUUCUUCGCACCCUCCAGUCUCUUGAAAAGGAGGACACAGUGGCAUGUGGACUUCUGA